GGGACGCAGGUGAAAACAUUCGUCGAAGCUCCAUCCUCUCGACCCGAAGCUGAAACAACUCUGCUUGCCUUCCUCUCCACCUCUGUCCGUCCCUCCCUCCGUCCUCCCUUCCCUCUCUCUUUCGCACUCCGCUGCAGCAGCCUCAGCACCUCAGUAGGGCAGGAGCACCGCACUGAGUCACAUCUACACUACACGCACGCACCUUCACGCACACAGACGCAGCCUCCUGCGGUAUAUCCCGUGUACGGCGCAGCGGCUUUUCCCACGGCAUACCAAGUGCGUCCUCGCCGGGAGAUGGGAGGUGCGGCUCCCGGGUCUCAGAGCGCUCAAAGCGGCUUGGUGUAGAGCCCUGCUGAUCGGGGAAUGCCGCUGGAAGUCUGCUGCUAUUUCUUUUUCCCAGUGCAGGAAUCGCAUUUUAACUGUGCCGCUGUCCGGGAUUUAAAGUGAACAAGCCGCUUGAUCAGGAUAUAUCGUUAUUCUGAACCUUUCUCAUUUUUGGGGAGGGAGUGAGCAGAGUUGGGAUUUGCUGUGGAGGUGCCCCUUCUCCGCAGUGUCGAUGCGGUUGUGACUGAUAUCUGCAUAGAUUACAGGUGCAUAAUGUCCUUCAUCUCAAAACGGGCUUGAUCCUGCAACGGUACUGGACUGUGCCUCUGUCCCUCUCCUCAACCGUCAACCGUCAGCACAGCCAUGACAUCUCACAAAAAAACACGGACCUACUUUUUCUUAUGCUGCUUCCUGUUUAGUUUGGUGCUUCCUGCGGCAUCACAGACUGUGGUGCAAGCCCCACAGGCCCACAGUGCCGGAUCCCAAGUGAUCACAGCGUUGCUCCAAGAGGAGGGGUACGCCUCAUUUUAUGCCGAGGACCCGCAGUGGACAUUUAACCAUCUUGCUGUGGACUACCGCAAUGGCAACGUUUAUUUGGGAGCAGUUAAUCGCAUAUACAAACUGUCUCCAAGUUUGAAGCUUCAACUGUUCCAUGAGACUGGUCCAGAUGAAGACAACCGCAAGUGCUACCCACCACGUAUUGUUCAGCCUUGCAGCGAGCCACUGACGCUUACCAACAAUGUAAACAAGAUGCUUUUGAUGGACUACAGGGAGAACCGGCUGCUGGCUUGUGGCAGCCUCUACCAGGGCAUCUGCAAACUCCUCCGUCUCGAUGACCUCUUCAAACUGGGAGAGCCCUUCCACAAGAAAGAGCACUACCUCUCUGGUGUGAAUGAGAGUGGCUCUGUGUUUGGUGUCAUUGUUUCCUAUGGCAAUGCCUCUCCAGAUAUGUUGUUUGUAGCCACAGCAGUCGAUGGUAAGCCAGAGUACUUCCCUACCAUCUCUAGCCGAAAACUGGCAAGAAACUCAGAGGAGGAUGGCAUGUUUGCCUACGUCUUCCAUGAUGAGUUUGUGGCCUCUAUGAUUAAGAUCCCUUCGGAUACAUUCACCGUUAUCCCUGACUUUGACAUAUAUUACAUUUAUGGCUUUGCCAGUGGGAAUUUUGUCUACUUCCUAACUUUGCAGCCCGAAAUGGGAGGUGGACCAACCACAGGUUCCUCUUCUGCUGGUCGGGAACAGGUGUACACAUCCAAGAUAGUUCGCCUUUGCAAGGCAGACACAGCAUUCAUCUCGUACGUCGAGGUCCCGAUUGGGUGCAUAAGUGGCAACGUGGAGUACAGAUUACUUGAAGCAGCCUACUUAUCGAAAGCUGGUUCCAUCCUUGCACCUUCACUGGACAUGGCCCCAGAUGACUAUGUGCUUUUUGCCAUCUUCUCAAGAGGUCAGAAGAGGCGUCCGAGGCAGGCCCCUCAGGACUCUGCUCUGUGUGUUUUUUCACUUCGAAAGAUCAAUGAGAAAAUCAAGGAAAGGUUGCAGUCCUGCUACAAGGGAGAGGGCACGCUGGAUCUGGCCUGGCUGAAAGUCAAAGAUGUUCGUUGCAGCAGUGCGCUCUUAACCAUUGACGAUGACUUUUGUGGGCUCGACAUGAAUGCACCUCUGGGUGUGUCUGAAAUGGUGCACGGCAAGCCUCUCUUUACGGACGCCAUUGACAAAAUGACCUCUGUGAUUGCCUACGUCUACAAGAACCACUCACUGGUCUUCGUGGGCACAAAAAGUGGACGAGUCAAGAAGAUCCGGGUCGAUGGUUCCUCUCGUGCCCUUCAGUAUGAGACUGUUCAAGCUGUUGAGAAUGGACCCAUCUUGAGAGACAUGGCCUUCUCCUCUGACCACCACUACCUCUACGUCAUGUCGGAGACUCAGCUGUCCAGAGUGCCGGUGGAGGCUUGUGGACAGUACUCCACCUGCAGUGAAUGUCUUGGAUCGGGUGAUCCCCACUGUGGCUGGUGUGUUUUGCACAACAUGUGUGCCAGAAAGGAGAAAUGUGAGCGCUCAUCAGAACCCCGGCGCUUUGCUUCAGACAUCAAGCAGUGUGUGCGUCUAAGUGUCCACCCGAACAACAUAUCGGUGUCCCAGUUUAGCGUCACGUUGGUGCUGGAAGCCCAUAAUGUCCCAGAACUUUCAGCAGGCGUUAACUGCACAUUUGAGGACCUGGCUGAGAUGAACGGCUUGGUAGAAGGAAACCGGAUCAAGUGUUCCUCACCAGCUGAAAAGGAGAUGCCACGAAUUAUUGUGGACAAGGGUGACCACCAGAUUGUUCAGCUCUAUCUCAAGUCCAAGGAGACCGGUCUGGCUUUUGCAAAUGCCAGUUUUGUUUUCUACAACUGCAGCGUGCACAAGUCGUGUCUGUCUUGUGUCAGCAGUCCCUACAAGUGUCAUUGGUGUAAAUUUAGGCAUGACUGUACCCAUGACCCUCGCACUUGUUCCUUCCAGGAGGGCCGAGUCAAGAAUCCCGAGGGCUGUCCACAGUUGCUGCCUGCAGACAGGAUACUGGUUCCAGUCAAUGUGGUAAAGCCCAUCACCCUGCGGGCCAAGAACCUUCCCCAGCCACAGUCUGGGCAGAGGGGGUACGAGUGCCUCCUAACCAUCCAGGGAAAUGAGCACAGAGUCCCUGCCCUGCGCUUUAACAGCUCCUCAGUGCAAUGUCAAAACACAUCGUAUUUCUACGAUGGGAUGGAGAUGAGUAGUCUUCCUGUGGAGCUGACCGUCAUCUGGAAUGGAGAUUUCAGCAUCGAUAACCCCGCCCACAACAAAGUUCAUCUUUAUAAGUGUGAUGCUCAGCGUGGAAGCUGCGGUUUAUGUCUGAAAGCAGACCCACUGUUUGGGUGCGUUUGGUGCAAAGGAGAGAACCGCUGCACCCUCAAGCAACACUGCCUGCUCCCAGAGAACCAGCUGCUUGAGCCCAACGGGAUCAACAGCAAAUGCACCAACCCCAAAAUCACACAGAUCAACCCUCUGCGCGGUCCCAGGGAAGGCGGCACACUCGUGACGAUCCGUGGCGAAAAUCUUGGACUGGACUUCAGAGAGAUUCAGGGUAACGUGAAGGUGGCCGACGUGGACUGCACCCCCAUACGUGACGGUUACAUCCCUGCGGAACAGAUUGUUUGUGAAAUGGGGCGAGCAGAGCUGAGCCAGUACACUGGGAACAUACAGGUGUGUGUUGGUGUUGGAGCAUGCAGACCAGAAUUUAUGGCAACAUCAUCCAAGUACUAUUACUUUGUGAUCCCGCGAAUUACCGGGCUGAAGCCGAGCCGUGGCCCAGUUUCCGGGGGAACAAUUGUCAACAUCACAGGCAGCCACUUGGACGCUGGGAGCAACGUGUCAAUUAUGUUUAAGGACCAGCCGUGCACUUACUUGAGGAGGGGUGGACAGUGGCUAACCUGCCGAACACAUGCCUCCCUGCAUGGCAACGGAAGGGUAUCUGUGUCUGUGAGCAUAGAUAAGGCCCAACUCCAGAAAGAUCUGCAGUUUGAGUAUGUGGAGGAUCCCACCAUAACAAAGAUAGAGCCAGAGUGGAGCAUCUACAGUGGUCAUACUCCGGUGAUGGUAACAGGAACUAACCUGGACAUCAUUGAGACCCCAAUCAUAAGAGCUAAAUACAACAGCCAAGAAUCGCUCAGCAUGUGUCAGGUGCUGAGCUCCACAACUAUGCAGUGUCAGGUCCCAGAACUGUCCAUAAGCCUGGCCAGGCAGCAAGUACCAGAAAAACCCGAUGAGUUUGGCUUUAAAAUGGACGAUGUGCAGUCCCUGAUGGCCCUCAACAACACCAACUUUAUCUACUACCCCAACCCUGAAUUUGAGCCACUUAGUCCCUCUGGUGUCCAAGAGCUUAAACCGGGGUCACCGAUCAUACUAAAAGGACGAAACUUUCUUCCGCCAACUACUAGCGGGAAUGGAAAGUUGAACUACACGGUCCUGAUUGGAGACAAACCCUGCAUGCUAACGGUGUCAGAGAACCAGCUUCUUUGCGAGUCUCCCAACCUGACUGGUCGCCACAAAGUCCUGGCACGUGUUGGCGGUAUCGAAUUCUCCCCUGGUGUGGUCCACAUCACAUCUGACAGCCCGCUCAGCAGCACGGCGAUCAUCGGCAUCGCUGCAGCCGGCGCGCUGCUCAUCUUUUUCAUCGUGGUGGUCCUGAUCGCCUACAAGCGCAAGUCUCGUGAAAGCGACCUGACUCUGAAGAGACUCCAAAUGCAGAUGGACAACCUCGAGUCACGUGUGGCGCUGGAAUGCAAAGAAGCUUUUGCAGAGCUUCAAACAGACAUUCAUGAGCUCACCAGUGACCUAGAUGGAGCUGGAAUCCCCUUUCUAGACUACAGGACUUACACCAUGAGGGUCCUUUUUCCAGGCAUCGAGGAACAUCCUGUACUGAGAGAUCUGGAGGUGCCAGGCUACCGCCAGGAGCAAGUGGAGAAGGGGCUGAAGCUCUUUGGCCAGCUCAUUAACAACAAAAUAUUCCUGCUGUGUUUUAUUCGCACUCUGGAGGCCCAGCGUGGCUUCUCCAUGAGGGACCGCGGCAACGUGGCCUCGCUGAUCAUGACCGUGCUGCAGAGCAAGCUGGAGUACGCCACCGACGUCCUGAAGCACCUGCUGUCUGACUUGAUAGACCGCAACCUUGAAAGCAAAAAUCACCCCAAAUUGCUGCUUCGCAGGACGGAGUCUGUUGCAGAGAAAAUGCUGACCAACUGGUUUACGUUCCUUCUCUACAAAUUUCUAAAGGAGUGUGCAGGCGAGCCCCUCUUUUCCCUCUUCUGUGCCAUCAAGCAGCAGAUGGAGAAAGGCCCCAUUGACUCGAUCACAGGAGAGGCUCGCUACUCGCUCAGCGAAGACAAGCUCAUCAGACAACAGAUUGACUACAAGACGCUGGUGGUCAACUGCAUACAUCCAGAGAAUGAGAAAAGUCCAGAGAUCCAAGUGAAGAUCCUAAACUGUGACACAAUAAGUCAGGUGAAGGAGAAAAUUCUGGAUGCCAUCUACAAGAACGUCCCGUAUUCACACCGCCUAAAGGCCUCAGAUAUGGACCUGGAGUGGCGCCAGGGGAGAGGACAACGCAUGAUCCUACAAGAUGAGGACAUAACCACGAAGAUUGAAGGUGACUGGAAGAGACUCAACAUGCUGUUCCACUAUCAGGUACCUGAUAAUGCCGUGAUGGCCCUGGUUCCCAAGCAGGUCACAGCUUACAACUCUGUAAAUAACUCCACAGUGUCCAGAACGUCUGCAAGUAAAUAUGAGAACAUGAUUAAGUACACUGGAAGCCCGGACAGCAUGCGCUCCCGCACUCCCAUGAUCACUCCCGACCUGGAGAGUGGGGUGAAGGUCUGGCAUCUGGUUAAGAACCACGAGCACGGAGACCAGAAAGAAGGCGACCGUGGCAGCAAGAUGGUCUCCGAGAUCUACCUGACACGACUUCUGGCGACGAAGGGUACAUUACAGAAGUUUGUCGACGAUCUGUUUGAAACCAUCUUCAGCACCGCCCACCGGGGCAGCGCCCUGCCACUGGCAAUUAAAUACAUGUUUGACUUCCUGGACGAGCAGGCGGACAAACACAGCAUCCACGACCCGCAUGUGCGACACACAUGGAAGAGCAACUGCCUACCUCUGCGCUUCUGGGUGAAUGUGAUCAAGAACCCCCAGUUCGUGUUUGACAUCCACAAGAGCAGCAUCACAGAUGCCUGUUUGUCCGUGGUGGCCCAGACCUUCAUGGACUCCUGCUCCACCUCAGAACACCGCCUUGGGAAAGACUCACCAUCCAACAAGCUGCUUUAUGCCAAGGACAUCCCCAGCUACAAGAGCUGGGUGGAGAGGUACUACUCAGACAUUAGCAAGAUGCCAGCAAUCAGUGACCAGGACAUGAAUGCCUACUUGGCAGAACAGUCACGGAUGCACAUGAAUGAGUUUAACACCAUGAGUUCUCUCAGUGAGAUUUACUCGUACGUGGGAAAGUACACUGAGGAGAUUGUGUGUUCGCUGGAGCAGGAUGACGCAGCCAGGAAACAGAGACUGGCCUUCAAGCUGGAGCAGGUGGUGGCCUUCAUGAGUCUGGAGAGCUGAGGACCGCACUUCCCAGGGUGCACUGGGAAGAGACCCCGUCAGAAACCGAGCUGUGCCUGAGCGAAGACCUGUCCCCAUGUUUCCCCCCCCACCCCCUCCAUCAUCUGACUUCCACCCUCGGCUUUUCAGAGAUUACUUCUUCCUCGACCUUUUUUCUGCUUCCCUCAUCAACACAGCUGCAUAGACUAGUUUACCUGAAUAUUCGCCAGGGUUGGUGCACAGCUGAGGUCAACGUCUCCUGCAGUGCAAUGUGGGACGUCCCUCAGGUUCAUCACACAGGGGGAGCUUCUUUGGGGAGGUUACUGAGAGCCGGCCAUAUUGGCAUCCUCCCCCUGCUGGAUUAAAAGAAGAAAAAAAUUUUUAUGUUGCCUUCAAGAAUUUACACUGAUAGUAAAUCUUUGGAAACUACCAACGUGGGGGUGUCCAUAUGUUGGAACUUUUAAAAAUAGGAUAGUUAAGAUAAAAAUCAUCUAGAGUUCUUUUUAAUGUAGUUCUAGAUUCGACAUACGGCAUCAAGUGGAAACAUCAAGAGCGACAACUGCAAGCCAAAUGAACACCUCUGGAGAAAAUUAAUGCAAGAAUGGGUUUGCCAAGUUUACACUGUACCUUCAAGCAAAGCAUACAUAUCCGUGAAAUCUGGGUCAAAUCCAGGCAAACCUAGAAUGUUUUUGUGUUCUUUAAAUGUAGCUCGGGUUGUAUCUAAGGACAAGACUGAUGGGGUGUGGGGAGGGAAUAUCGCUCCCUGAACUUUUCCUCCCUGAAACAAAGCAGAGCAUCCUCAGCCUUUAGCUUGUUGUACCUUUCACACCUUUUUACCUGCCUAGCGUACUUUCAAGAAAUUAAAAAAAUACAUAAAAAAAAA